UGGAGACACAUCUCGCAACAGAGUCGAACUUUUGAAAUAUCCCACCAGCACAUUUCAAAGUUUGGUCAAAGCAAACAAAGUUAACAAAGUCAACAAUCAUGGCUUCCAGAACUUUGAGGAUAGGUGAGAAACAAAUUCCACGACUUUUAUGAUAUGAUAUGAUCAAUUGACUUGCCAAAAACAAAAACUAAUUUGUUUCUGAUUCAUCAAGGUCUUAUUCCUGGUGAUGGAAUCGGCAAAGAAGUUAUCCCCGCAGGUAGAAGAAUUCUUGAAGCUUUACCUGCUUCCCUCAAAUUAAAAUUUGAAUUUGUUGAUCUGAAGGCUGGAUUUCAAACUUUCGAAGAAACUGGAGCCGCUCUGCCAGAUAAGACCGUCGAGAUUCUCAAAACUGAAUGUGAUGGAGCUCUAUUUGGUGCCGUCAGUUCCCCUUCAAAGGCUGUGAAAGGCUAUUCCUCCCCAAUUGUUGCACUCCGCAAACGUCUCGACCUCUACGCAAAUGUACGACCCGUCAAAAGUGUCAUGACAGCUACCAACCCAAUUGAUAUGGUCAUUGUGCGAGAGAAUACCGAGGAUCUUUACGUCAAGGAGGAAAGAACAUAUGAUGCUGCGGAUGGAAGUGGAAAGGUUGCAGAAGCAAUCAAAAGAAUCUCUGAGAGAGCAUCAUCUCGCAUUGCUACAAUGGCUGGUGAUAUCGCAUUGCGCAGACAGAAGCUUAGAGAUGGUGGGGUUGCAAGCAUACACAAAUCACCAUUGGUCACCAUUACACACAAGUCUAAUGUUCUGAGUCAAACGGAUGGUCUUUUCCGAUCUACCGCUAGAGAAGCAUUAGCCCUCCCGAAGUUCUCUAGCGUUGGUGUAGAAGAGCAAAUAGUCGAUUCUAUGGUUUACAAGCUUUUCCGCCAACCCGAGACCUACGACGUCAUCGUGGCACCAAAUCUUUAUGGAGAUAUCUUGUCUGAUGGAGCUGCUGCUCUUGUUGGCUCGUUGGGUCUCGUUCCAAGUGCCAACGUUGGUGAAGGAUUUGCUAUUGGUGAGCCAUGCCAUGGUAGUGCUCCAGAUAUUAUGGGUCAGAACAUUGCAAACCCAAUUGCGACUCUUCGUAGCGUUGCUCUCAUGUUGGAGUUCCUUGAGGAGGAGGCCGCCGCUGCUAAGAUCUAUGCUGCUGUAGAUGGUAAUUUGGAGGAAGGCAAAUUGCUCAGCCCUGACCUUGGUGGUAAAGCUACGACAACAGAGGUUGUUGAGGACAUUCUUAGACGCUUGUAAAUCGGUUUUCAUUCUUUUAGAAUUGUUUCUCCCCGAAAGGUUCGAGACUGUCUAUCUAGAAAUGAAGUCCCCCACUGAGAAGGUAUCUGAAGUCCUCUUCUGAGGAGGUAUCUGGUUAGACAAAUCUUGGACAAGGAGCUAUGAGCUAAAAUGAUAACCCUUAUCGUCUAUCUGAUCACCGCAUCACUGCUACAACUUGACGUAUUCUGCCUUCCAGAUGUCCCUGCCUGUUCUUCCUCUCAGUCUUUUUAAAGAAAGACUCGUCGCCCUGUCCCUCCUAUAACCUUUCCCACUUGCAGCUCUUUUUCCUCUUGCAACCAUUCCCCUUAUCUCCUCCUGCCUUGAUACUUGGCUCGGAUUGGUAUAAGCCGGCUAAUUUUCCUGGUGAUCCUCUGCUUGCUCAGGAAAGUUUCAACCAGAUUCCCGACCAAGUGCGGCUCCAAGUCUUCCACGGAGUUCCGCGAGGAUGACGAUAUAUUCAUCUUGAUAGAAUGAGUCUCUCGAUCUCUUCUCACCC